AUGACCUCGCGACCGGCUGCACAGUCUGGUAUCGAGCUUAUCUGGGUCAAUGCGUCUCCUACGGGACCCACCGAUGCCGACGCUUCAGACCCCACGCAGCAUCGCAUUACCCGCGUGCAGUCUGGACAGAAGAAGCUCGUCAUGCGCUCCUCCUGGGCCGAACAAGAAGAGAAGGAUUCGAUCGUCAACGAUCUCGCGAACACUAUCCGCUUCAACUCUGCCAAGACGGUCUCUCGCGAGCAUGCAGUCAUAGAUUGGGCCGCUGGAGCGCCCUUCGUAGAGGAUUGUGGCUCGACUCAUGGCACCUUUGUCGCCCGCCGCCAUGCCACCUUCGAUCUUCAAGGUCAAGUGGUCGAGCAAGACGCCAGUGCUCAGCUGGUGCAAGUCAACGGCAUCACAAAGCUUCGACACGGCGACCUCGUUCAAUUCGGCAAGACCCUCAGUCGUGAAAGCACCCACUAUUAUCCGGUCCGGUGCUACGUGCGCUUCCGCGAUGCCACCACGCCUCCAUCGUUCUCAAAGGUUCCCGCAGCAGCUCCCGCCUCGGUGCCGGCUGCCAAGUCGAGCUACUCGUACGGCUUGGACGAUGCCACAUUCGACUCGGACGUCAUCAGCAUCGAUGCUGAGACGUUCCACAAAGGCGUCUCUCCCGUCACUCUUUCGCUGCCUAAGGCAAGCAACUCCCCCACGCUCAAGGACGCGGUCAAUGAUCGUCACUUCGAGCAAGCAGAGGUCGAAAUCGGCAGCUCCGACUCGGAGCAAUCGUGCAUCAAAGUCGACUCUUCCGACUCCGACUCGGACGCGGGUACCGACCAUUCGCACAGUGACAGCGAGAACAUCUGCAGCUGCUCCGAGUGCCGCUCGACCGAGUCGUCUGGUCCCGGUGACGUGUCCGGUGACGACAGCGACUUGCCUGUUCGCAUCGACGAGGAUGACGAUGGCGUGUGUGCCAGCUCGGGUGCUUCCGCAUCUGAAGGAGAAGAGCAGGACAGCUCGACGAUGGAUUCGGACCAAGUCGAUCCAGCCAUUUGCAUCCUUCGCGCUCCCACCACCAACGCGCACACCGACCAGACUGAAGGGUCGGAAUCGCCAACUCAGGAGUCUGCCUCGAUCGCCCCUGCUUCAAACAGCACCAGCAGCACCGCCGAAAGCUUGCUCGUGGCGAUGGAAGAGGAAGUCAAGCCCGCCACAGCGAAGGACUCGUCCAGCGAGGCCGAGGACAAAGAGACGCCAAUUCCUGACGCCAUCGUCACGGCCGACGAAAAGGAAGAAGCCCAGCUGACUCCUUCUCGCAAGCGGGCCCUGGAAAGUCCCGAAGACGAUUGUGCGAGCACCGACGAUAGCACGGGUGACGAGGACGACAAUGGUACCGACUCGGACAAGAGCCUCGAGGCAUCGUCCCUUGCCUCUGCUCUUUCCAGCCCUUGCACUUCGAUCUCUGGAACGCCGUCCCCUUCUCCUGCCAAGAAGAGGCGAAUCUCGGACGUUUCGCACGAAGGCCGUCGCAUCCAGCCUCGACAUCGGUCGCGCGGCCGCAGCGUCCGCGUUUUUUUGGGCAAGGCACUCUACACCGCGAGCCUCCUCUCCAUCGGCUUUUUCGGCGGCUCCCUCUUCACCUUCAAGAGCAUGCUCAAUGCUGCCGCCGCAGCCAAUGCCGCGGGAUCGGACCGUCAGUGA